CCCUACCAGACCAAGGUCCGUCAUAUUCAGCAGCUGCUGCCUCAUCUCUGAUCCUGAUAUCUAGGAUUCUUCCCUAAACUACCUGUCACCAUGGCUCACAGAUUUCCAGCCCUCACCCCGGAACAGAAGAAGGAGCUCUCAGAUAUUGCCCAGCGCAUUGUUGCCAAUGGGAAGGGGAUUCUGGCUGCAGAUGAGUCUGUAGGCACCAUGGGAAACCGCCUGCAGAGGAUCAAGGUGGAGAAUACAGAAGAGAACCGCCGGCAGUUCCGAGAAAUCCUCUUCACAUCGGAAAAUUCCAUGAACCAGAGCAUCGGAGGUGUGAUCCUGUUCCACGAGACUCUCUACCAGAAGGACAGCCAGGGAAAACUUUUCAGAAACAUCCUCAAGGAAAAGGGGAUUGUGGUGGGAAUCAAGUUAGACCAAGGAGCUGCUCCCCUUGCAGGAACCAACAAAGAAACCACCAUUCAAGGGCUCGAUGGCCUUUCUGAGCGCUGUGCUCAGUAUAAGAAAGAUGGUGCUGACUUUGGCAAGUGGCGUGCUGUGUUAAGGAUUGCUGACCAGUGUCCAUCCAGCCUUGCUAUUCAGGAGAAUGCCAACGCCCUGGCCCGCUACGCCAGCAUCUGCCAGCAGAAUGGGCUGGUACCUAUUGUUGAACCGGAGGUAAUUCCUGAUGGAGACCACGAUUUAGAACACUGCCUUUAUGUGACAGAGAAAGUCCUGGCUACUGUCUACAAGGCUCUCAGUGACCAUCAUGUUUACCUGGAGGGCACCCUGCUGAAGCCUAACAUGGUGACUGCCGGACAUGCCUGCACCAAGAAGUAUACUCCAGAGCAAGUAGCGAUGGCCACUGUCACGGCUCUCCACCGGACUGUCCCUGCUGCUGUUCCUGGCAUCUGCUUUUUGUCUGGCGGCAUGAGCGAAGAGGAUGCUACACUCAAUCUCAAUGCCAUCAACUUGUGCCCUCUACCAAGGCCUUGGAAACUGAGUUUCUCUUACGGACGGGCCCUGCAGGCCAGUGCAUUGGCUGCCUGGGGUGGCAAGGCUGCAAACAAGAAGGCAACCCAGGAGGCUUUUAUGAAGCGAGCUGUGGCAAAUUCCCAGGCAGCCAAAGGACAGUAUGUUCACUCGGGCUCUUCUGGCGCUGCUUCCACCCAGUCCCUCUUCGUAACAUCCUAUACCUACUAGAAGGAUGGCCAACCUGACUCGAGCUCUUCUGGGUGACUUAGAAGGAGGCCUUAGAAGGAACCAGCUUUCAACUGACCUUGGAAAUUAGACAAAAUUAUAUCAGAACCACUGAGAAGCCAAUAAAACUCAAAUUCUUAGACAAAGGUGGAAAAAAUCAGUUAUUGAACAAAAGUCUGACUAUCAAGGAUCUGGCAAACUUCGCCUGAUGGUUUCCUUAGAAUACUUCCAGUUCCCUACACCUCAAACAGUCAGGCUCCAGCAUCCCCACACAUACACCAAAUAAGAAAAUAAAAACAAGCUUUCAAAUGAAAACAAUUUUUUCUGUUCAAAUAUCAACUACCCAUUGAUACACCCCAGAAGCUGAGUGCUGAGGAAUGCAUUUUGUUAAACAAUGUUUGCAGUGGUAAAUUAUGUAGACAACGUCAACCACAAAAAGAAAUAAAAUAUUCUGUG